AUGCUCAAGGCGUCGCGCAAGAAGCGCAGCAUCGCGAGGCGGAGAGCACUGGAAACGUUCUUCGAGGGCAAUGUACGGCAGGUCGAGAAGAAGAGCCGCGAGGGAUAUCAGGCGGGUUUCUACAGGCACCUACCUGAAGAUGAUCGACGUCGAAGCAUCGCGAGGCGGAGAGCACUGGAAACGUUCUUCGAGGGCAAUGUACGGCAGGUCGAGAAGAAGAGCCGCGAGGGAUAUCAGGCGGGUUUCUACAGGCACCUACCUGAAGAUGAUCGACGUCGAAGGCACCUGAAGAUGAUCGACGUCGAAGGUAAGAGGUCGUUCACCUCUCAGAACAUCAAGGACGAGGACGGCAAGGUCCUUCGGGACCCCACGUUUAUUCGCCAACGGUGGGCACGGUGGUUCCACAAGCUUGUCAACACCAAGUCGCCGACGAUCGACCUGCAUGCGGCUGACAAGGUCAAGCGGUGGCCCACGUGCGUGCCACUCGACGACAUCCCAUCUCUACUUGAGGUUGAGGAAGCGGUACGGGAAAUGGCCAACAGAAAGGCCGUCGGGCCGGACGACCUACCGGCUGAGCUGAUCAAGCUUUUCCUGGACGGAGAUCAAGGUCUCCUCCGCGAAUUCCACGCCAUUGUCGUGGACGUGUGGCAGACUGGGGACGUACCACAGCAGUGGAAGGAUGCCACCAUCAAAGUGCUGUUCAAGAAGGGGGACACGAUGGAGUGCGGCAACUACCGGGGCAUCUCUCUCGUCGCACACGCCGACAAGGUGCUGUUUAAGGUCGUCGCUACACGACUGAGCCAUUACUGCGAGCGAGAGGGCAUCCUCCCGGAGGAGCAGAGCGGUUUCCGCCCACACCGGUCGACGCUCGACAUGCUGUUCGCCAUCCAGCGGCUCCAUGAGCUCGCGAGGAAGAAGAGUACUGCGGUGUUCGCGUGCUUCGUCGACCUCACCAAGGCAUACGAUUCGGUGGACCGAGACCUACUGUGGGACGUGCUCCGACGCUUCGGCGUGCCCCCGAAGAUGCUGGCGGUCAUUCGCCACUUCCACGAGGGCAUGAGGGCGCGCGUCCGAACGGACGACGGGCAGUACUCGUAAUGGUUCGACGUGGGCCAAGGCCUCCGACAGGGAUGCAACCUGGCCCCGCUGCUGUUCAACUUGUUCUUUGCCGCGAUGCUCAUGGUCGCCGUGGCCGAGUUCGACAAGGACCCCAAGGUGACGGCGGAC